AAGUUAAUCUGACAUUGAAAAACAAAUUUACAUAGUAUUUCAGUAUUGAAUUGAAUUUUUCCUGGAGCUCGGAUUAUCCACCUGAUAUUUAUCAAAGUAUUCUCCAAGCAGUGACCAGGAGCAGUCACUAUAAAUAAUUGCAGAUUUCCCGAUUUUGCCGUAAAACAAGAAUAUCGAGGCGUGUGUGAGGCAAAAUUAUACGACAUUUUUCGCCAUCACCAUGCCCGCUAACAAGUCGGGCGCAACUGGAGCAGUGAGACCGGUAGAGAUACCGGAAACCGCGACAACAAACUCAUCCCAUGCCGCCCCAUCAUCAGCAGCAGCCCCAGAGGCGUCGCCGAACGGUGGCGAUGAGGCUGCCAAAGAGGCAGAGGAGCGCGAGGAGCUGCGGCUGUUCAUCCACGAGCUGGGUGAGAAAAUCGAGAGCAAGCGGCUGCUGCGUCAGCAAAAUGCCAACAUUGAGCUGCCCGGCGAGGAGUUCUUUGCCCGCCUCGACUCCAGCCUGAAGAAGAACACUGCGUUUGUGAAAAAGCUGAAAAUGUUCACCACCACGCAGCUGGAGCCGCUGCUCCGUGAACUGUCCGCCUUGAAUCUGAGCAAGUAUAUUUCGGAGAUCUGUGCCGCCCUGGCGGAGGCCAAGCUCAAGAUGAACGAUGUACCUUCGGUGGUGAUGCUAUCCUCACGCCUUCACGCAACCUAUGUGGACUUCGAUACGCACUUCCUGGAGGCUUGGCAGAAGGUGUUGAACAUCAAGGCCGAGAAGAUCAGCAACCCGAGCAAGCUGCGCGUCGAUUUGCGCCUCUUUGCGGAGCUGAUUAGCUCGGGUGUUAUCCAAAUGAAGCCCGGCCUGGCCCUGCUGGGCAUGGUACUGGUCCAGCUAAUCGGCCAGGACAAGGACGGUCAUAACAACUUCUCCAUUAUACUCUCGUUUUGCCGUCACUGCGGCGAGGAAUAUGCUGGCCUGGUGCCGCAGAAAAUGCAGCAGUUGGCUCUCAAGUACGGCGUCGAGGUGCCCAAAUCCGAUUUCCUGGCAGCGGACAAGCAGGCGAACCUGCGCACCAUGCUCAAGGGCUACUUCAAGGCCCUGUGCAAGCAUGUCCUGGCUGAGCAGACCGAACUGAUGAACAUGACCAAGAACAUACGCCGCACGAUGGAGUGCAAGGGCGAGAUCUCCUCUGAGAAGCGCGAGAAGUGCGAAAUGAUGCAGGCGAGCUUCGACAAGCUGCUGGCCUCCGCCCAGACCCUGUCGGAGCUGUUGGCCGAGCCGCUGCCGGAGCUGGCGAAGGAGUCUGAGUGCUGCAGUCCGGGUACAGUGAUUGACAACAUGCUGGACAGUGCCGCCUGCGGGGUGCUCGAUCCUUGGGGCGAUGAGGAGACACGUGCCUUUUACACAGAUCUGCCCGAUCUGCGCCAGUUCCUACCCGACUUCUCUGCCCCCAAGGUGGACCUUGAGACCAUGGAAGAGCCCAGCGAGCUCACCGAAGAGGCCAUUGAUGCCAAUUUAGACGCCGAAAUGGAUAUCGACGAUCCGCCCUCCACAAAUUCGGAUCCACCGUCGGAGAACAUAGCCGAAGACCAGCCACCGCCAAGCACUCCACCCCUGCUGGCAACCACGGGCUCCUCGGCUAACGAUUUGAAGCCGCAGAAAAUGUGCAGCGCUUUGAUGGAGCUGGGACGCCAGCAGCUGCAAAGCCAACCGCAGACCACUGCCCAGACACAGCAACAGAUACGCCAGCAAUUCGAUAUAUUCCUCGUGAAUCUCUUCAAUUGCGUCAACAAGGAACUAAUCGACUCGGCCGCCAUCGAAUUUCUGCUCAACUUCAACACAAAACACCAGCGCAAGAAGCUGACCCGGACGAUAUUUUCGGUGCAGCGCACCCGCCUGGAUAUCCUGCCCUACCUGUCGCGCUUCAUGGCCAUCGUUCAUAUGUGCAACACAGACGUGGCCGCCGAUCUGUCCGAGCUGUUGCGCAAGGAGUUCAAGUGGCAUAUACGCAAAAAGAAUCAACUGAAUAUCGAGUCCAAGCUAAAGAUAGUGCGCUUCAUUGGGGAGCAAGUGAAGUUCGGGCUCUUCAAGAAGUUCGACGCCCUCGGAUGCCUCAAGAUGCUGCUGCGCGACUUUCAGCACCAUCAGAUCGAGAUGGCCUGCGCAUUUGUGGAGGUGACCGGUGUCUACCUGUACAAUUGUCGCGACUCCCGUCUGCUCAUGAACGUCUUCCUCGACCAAAUGCUUCGCCUGAAGAUGGCCACAGCCAUGGACUCGCGUCAUGCGGCCCAAAUUGAGAGUGUCUACUAUCUGGUGAAGCCCCCAGAGUCGUCCAAGCGCGAAUCCGCACCACGUCCCGUCAUUCACGAGUACAUACGCCACCUGAUCUUCGAGGAGCUGUGCAAGCAGAACGUCGAGCGGUGCAUCAAAAUGCUGCGGCGCAUCAAUUGGCUGGAUCCGGACACCAGCGGCUACGCCAUCAAGUGCCUUAGCAAAGCAUUUCUUUUGCGCUUCCCACUCAUUCGCUGCCUGGCCGAUCUGGUGUCCGGCCUCAGCUCUUACCAGCCCCGGGCCGUCACCAUUGUCAUUGACAAUGUGUUCGAGGACAUACGCGCCGGCCUCGAGAUCCAUUCGCCGCGCAUGGCCCAGCGUCGCAUAGCCAUGGCCAAGUAUUUGGGCGAAAUGUACAACUACAAGCUGGUGGAGUCCACACACAUUCUGAAUACCCUGUACUCGAUUAUCUCGCUGGGUGUGUCCACGGAUCAGAGCGUGGUCUCGCCGCUGGAUCCGCCGGACAGCCUGUUUCGCCUGAAGCUGGCGUGCAUGCUUCUCGACACCUGCGGCCCCUACUUCACCAGCCAGGCCACGCGCAAGAAGCUGGACUAUUUCCUGGUGUUUUUCCAGCACUAUUACUGGUUCAAGAAGUCCCAUCCCGUAUUCUGCAGGGAGAAUGCGAGCUCUGCGGAUCUCUUUCCCAUACUGGUUGAUCACACAUAUCGCGACUGUCUGAGCGCUGUCCGUCCCAAGCUGAAGCUGUACACAAGCCUGGAGCAGGCCAAGGAGUCCAUCGAUCAGUUGCAGGAGAGACUCUUCCCCCAUUUGAAGUCGCAUGCCAGCGAUCCCAAUCUGACCAGCAUCAAUGAGAACAGUGAGCUAGACGAGGGCCCCACUGACGAGGAUUCUGGCUCCUCGAACGAUCAGCGGGAGCGUCAGGCUGCCGGCCUGGAGCCGGAGCAGAGCAACGAAUGUACUGAAAACGAGACAGAUGUGCCACUGGGACCACCACCACCGCCGGAAUGGUCCAAGGAGGACUUGGAUUUCGAGCAGCAAUACGAGAGAAUGACUACCGAUUCGUACCAGGAACGGCUCAAGGAGCCCGUCAAGGCUACUGCCAAGGACAUACCCGUACCCAUGAUGGCGCGUCUGCAGAAGAAGUCGUACGAGCAGAUCUCAGCUGGCCAGAUCUCAAAGGUAGUCAGUUGUCCAGACCUGCCGCCUCGCUCGCCAGCACCCGAUCUGCCCGAGGGCUCUGGCAAGGCACCGCCCGUAAAUGCCGGAGGUGCAGGAAAUGCAGCAGGACCUUCAGCGGCAGCAGGAGGAGGAGCAGCAGCUGUUCCAUUUGUGCUGAUGGUGCGCGGCAACAGAGGCGGCAAGCAGCAGUUUAAAUCGUUUGUCUGUGCCUCAGACUCCCACUUGGCCAUCAAUCUGAAGGUGCAGGAGCAGAAGAUACGCGAGGAGAAGGAGAAGGUCAAGCGCCUCACACUGAACAUCACCGAGCGCAUAGAGGAGGAGGACUACCAGGAGUCGCUACUGCCUCCGCAGCAUCGAAAUUUCACUCAGAGCUACUACCAGAAGCCCAACAGACACAAGUUCAAACACCAAAAGGGCGCCCCCGAUGCGGAUCUCAUAUUUCACUGAGACGUCCAGCAGCCACAGACAGCCUCAGGCCGAUUCUGGGCCACAGACCCCAGACCAAUCCAAGUCAAGUUAACAAUCAGGGAAUGCACACACUGGCAUCGCAGUAACUAUGGGUAAAGCGGAUGAUGGAUGCAGGAUGAUGGACGAUGGAUGGUGACCCCAACAACGUUCAAGUUUACGACAUAUUGAAAUAUUGUAACAGGGAAUACGAAUAGAGAAAGAGGGCUCCAAGAGACCGUGAUGCUCUGACUGCAGGAACCUACAUACACAUCCACAUCCACACCGUGUCUCAUGUCCACGUUUUAGUCCAAUCCUCAGGCACAGGACACCUGGACAUACACGUUUUUACACCGUACUUAAUUUGAGUUCCCACCACAGCGCUCAUCCGCUUUAUCCCAUCGCCAGCGCGCUGGCAAGCCCACGAGAUUCUACACUCAUUGCCAAUGCCAUGCCCCACGCAAGCACAGAUCGAGCGGCAUGGCAGCUCAAGAAAUUAUAAGGCCCUCCCCCAUUCGAUACCCUCCGCUAUGGUGUACAUAAAGAGCAGAGCAGAGUCUAUAAACUAACCAUACACAUAGUACGUACGAUUGCCUAGACUUGUUUUGAAAACAGCCCCCUCUGCUGAAGAGCGACACAACACAAUCGAUUGAUACAUAGAUAGAAAUGCAUAUAUACCAUAAACCACAAACCAUAUACCAUAUAUGUAUGUUGUAAAUAUAUGCAUCCGUACAUACCAUACCCGAGAAACCACCCGAACCGAUGGCUGUUUCCACACUUAAACCCGAGCCCACACAAGAGAUAAAGAAUAUACCAUAAUUACAUUUAGAUCGGGGGGAAUAUCUAUAUAGAUUCGAUAUAUUUACACAUAUACACACGCAUGUAUAGUAGCUGGGUCCCAUCCUUCCUGUCCUCCUUGCCCUUUAAUGUCUUGACUGGACUUUGACACAUUAAAAUAGUACAUCCCCAAGAA